CGCCCUCCCGGACUCCUCCCAGUGCGGGGUCUGUGGGUCCAUGGGAGAUGCGGCUGCCUUGGUGGCAGUUGCCAAAACGCAGCCGCCUCUUUGCCCACUUCUCUGUCUUAGCCCUGGGGUGUUGGAACGCACUGGAAUCCAGCAAUGCAGCCGGGACCAGCGCUGCAGGCCGUGUUACUGGCUGUGCUGCUGGCAGAACCGCGGGGUUCGAAGGGUCGCCUGCUGAGCGCCUCGGACUUGGACCCCAGAGGAGGGCAGCUGGUCUGCUGGGGAGGGACUCGGAGGCCUUGCUACAAAGUCAUUUACUUUCCUGAGGCUUUUCAAAGACUGAACUUUGAGGAAGCCAAAGAAGCCUGCAGGAGAGAUGGGGGACAGCUAGUCAGUAUCGAAACAGAAGAUGAGCAGAGACUGAUAGAAAAGUUCAUUGAAAACCUCCUGGCAUCUGAUGGUGAUUUCUGGAUUGGCCUCAGGAGGCUGGAGGAGAAGCAGGGCAACAACACAGCCUGCCAAGACCUUUAUGCUUGGACAGAUGGAAGCACAUCACAAUUUAGGAACUGGUAUGUGGAUGAGCCGUCCUGUGGCAGCGAGGUCUGCGUGGUCAUGUACCAUCAGCCGUCAGCACCACCCGGCAUUGGAGGCUCAUACAUGUUCCAGUGGAAUGAUGACCGGUGCAACAUGAAGAACAAUUUCAUUUGCAAAUAUGCUGAUGAGAAACCAAGUACAACACCUUCUAUAAGGCUUGGAGGUGAAGCAACUGAGCCAGCAACACCAGCACUUCCAGAAGAAACACAGAAAGAAGACACCAAAGAAACAUUUAAAGAAAGCAGAGAGGCUGCUUUGAAUCUUGCCUACAUCCUAAUCCCCAGCAUUCCCCUUUUCCUCCUACUAGUGGUCACUUCAGCUGCGUGUUGGAUUUGGAUCUGUAGGAGGAGGAAACGAGAGCAGCCAGACCCUACCACAAAAGAGCAACACACCAUUUGGCCCACUCCUCACCGAGAAAACAGCCCCAACCUAGAUGUUUACAAUGUCAUCAGAAAACAAAGUGAAGCCGAUUUAGCUGAGCCCCGGCCAGACCUGAAGAACAGCUCAUUUCGGGUGUGUUCUGGUGAAGCCACUCCCGACGAUGACGAUGUAACUUGUGACUACGAUAACAUGGCUGUGAACCCUUCAGAAAGUGGGUUUAUGACUCUGGCAAGUAUGGAGAGUGGAUUUGUGACCAAUGACAUUUAUGAGUUCUCCCCUGACAGAAUGGGGAGGAGCAAGGAGAGUGGCUGGGUAGAAAAUGAAAUAUAUUACUGAGACAUAUGGGGAAAACUGGCAAAAAUGAGAAAAGAGAAGCAAAAGCAUCCUAUUUCUCACAAGGAAAAUGUUCAGAAGGUUGAUGAAAAUGCUCAGAUCUGGUCUUAGGAUAAACACAGAAGCUCCACAAGUUCCUACUGGGUCCCCAAGUUCUGGAUGUAUCCCUUAUUCCAGGGCCUCACCCAGCUCAGCCUGUGAGAAGGCACCUUGCCCCGGGGCUGCCAUACAGUAGACCCUCAGCCAGUGGGCUUCAACAGAUCGUCAAGGGCUGGCACUUUCAAUGGUCAGGAUGAAGGUGUGACCAAGGAGCUUAGAAAGCCCACCUCUAGGUUCUGUUCUCCUUGCUCUCUACACCAGCAGCACAUGUAAUCACAAAAAGGCAGAGACUGAGGGAUCUUCUCAAGGCCUGGGUAUGGAAGCCCCAAGCUGAUCUGCACAUCAACAAUUCUCAUAUCUGCCCCCCACCCCACAUAAAAUCCAAUAAAAAGCAGGAAGCAGAAUGUUAGUCAGUGUGUGUCUACAGUCCUUCCUCUGCAUGUAGCCUCAGGGGACUUUUUUAUUUUUUUAUUCUCCUGACAUCUAAACUUGGAAAAACCCAACUUGGAAAUCCCUUAGUAAGCAAAAAUGAAGUCUGUGUUUGCUUCAGCGUUCCUUGUUCUCCUGGCUCAGACAGUCUGUGUUGUCUGGGGAUGGGGCAGGCAGCAGCACUGGAGAAUGACUGUGUAGGCAGAAAGACCGGUGAAAGAAGCAGACAUAAUAAAGAGAAGAGGCAGGCUCCUCACCACAGAGAAGGCAGUCACAGGCAUCAGAGGGAGAAAUCUGGAAUAGACCUUUUGUGUUCGACUCAAAGAGAAAACAGUGGUGUCACUUUGGGGCUUUCCAUAUUGGGGACACAUACAGAUACACAUAAUCUCCACUAAAGUGAGCCAGGACUCCGUGAAGUUGGACAACUCCAGGACAAAUGCAGGAAAAAAAAUAAGAGUUACUUGAGUAAUGAAAAGUACCCAAACAUAGGUAGAAUUAACAGGUCUAUUGUUCUACAGGAACAGCAGUGGCCUGCACAACACAAUAGCUUAUCACAUAAUGAUAAAUAACUACAAGGAAGGAGUUCAAGGGCAGCAAACACAAAGUCACGGUAAGGCUAUGAGGGUAUGUAUUGCCCUGGUUAAUCAGUACACGUUGUAUGUAUGCCGAUAAGUCACACUACUGCUAAAAUUUUUAUAUUUAAAGAGAUUGGAAAUGAGAGUGGUCAUUUGGAAAACUACACCACCACCAAGGAAGAAUGAGUGGAAAUCUGCAGAUUACAGAAUUCAGUUUAUGAUGGCCCACCUCUGGUAACAUGUGGGGUAACCUGAAUAUCAAAAUCAUUACCAGUAAAAGCAACAAGAGAGUGUGACCAUUAGAUAAAACAAAUAAAUUGGUGUGUUCUGAUACAAAAUAAAUGAAUAAGCAAACUUUGAUGAGGAACGAGAUAUUUACAUGAUUUCAAGUCCCUCACCCACAAAAAUCAUCAUUAAUUACAAAAGUGUCACAAUGGGCAAACCCCACCUCCGUUAAUUGAUCAAUGUGAACUUGUCAAUAAUGCAGUGUACCGAGAGUAGAGACCGCACUGUGUGCAGUGAGAACACAGCAUCUCAUCUGUGCUUUCCAGUCUAAGUGGACAAGCUGAUCAUAAGGAAGCCUUACUCACAAACAGGUUAACAGACAACCUGAGAAUUAACCUGGACUGCAAACUUGAAGCCUGAUGGUAGUGAAAGCGAAAGCAAGCCGGGAAGCUGCAGUUCGAGGGCAGUGAGAGAGGAGACAGCUCAAAGCACUGCUUGAUUCGGAAACAGAUCCCUUCUUCCCUGCAAAGGAAAAUAUGGGAACGCACUUGCAUGAAGUCGAAGGAGUAAAUGGCAAUCAUGUGUUAGUGCUAAUUUCCUGAUUUUUAUGCUGCGCUGAGGAUAUGUCCUGACAGGGGGAAU